UGUACACCACAAUGGCUUGUGGUUUUAUUUUAUUCCAAAAUCUGUGUGCCUUUUCGUUUCAAUUUUGUAGAAAUUACAUAGGUAGUUGUGAUAAAAUUUCAAUCAUUUUCUAAAGUUAACACUCAGUGCUGUCAAGUGAAAACUACUUUCGCUCUACUACCCUACCCUCUGACCGAUUUUAGCAACAGUGCGAUCUCCAACACCAAGUCCAAGCAUCCUUAAUCCAGUGCAACCAAUUUCGAUGGCUGAAGAAAUGAAAAAAAUAAAACAAAACAAAAAAAUAGAAAAGAAUGCCCCCAAAGUUCGUUUCACGGAGCAGAGAACGAAGCGCCUUGCACAGCAAGAAAAAAAAGAAGUGGGACGUUUUAUGUUGCCUGACGCCCCACCCCCGAAAAUUAAUGCAGAAGUUGUUAAGUUCACUCCAUCGACGGAGGUCAUAAGAUCCGACGAAGAUAUCUCCAACUACCAGAUAGUAGACAGCAAAGUGGGACUAGUCGGAUUUUCUGAUCCUGCCUCUCAGGUGCCCGACGCGCUUCCACUGCCAGCAUCAUCAAAGCCAGAACUAAAUAGUGACAAGAAGGAAAAACAGAACGAAGCAGUGAAAAAGAGAGCAACACCCUCUUCUGGCUCUCCUCGCAAGAAGGCUCGUCACUCUCUGGGAUCCAGCAAUAAGCGAACACUGGUGGACUCUGGCAGCGAGGUUGAGUCUGACGAAGACGAUGAGGGAGAGAAGUACAACAUUAGGAUGCUGGGAGAAGGUGAUGGGUGCAAGGAUAGAGUGAUUGGUAAUGGGGUGGAUGAGGAACUUGAGACACCUGCCGUGGCUCAAGAGCAUGGAGCAUGCGAGGAUGCAGCUAUAGGUGAAGAUAGUGACGGGCUGGUUGAGAGUCUUGAGCAACCUCCAGUGGGUCAAGAGUGUGAAGGCCUGGAUGUUUUCUCUUGGUCUAAAGAUUUUUCUUCGUUUUCCGGCCAAGAGGAAACAUACUUGCGCUCACCUGGCCCGAUGGUGGGGCCUCAAGACCCAGCGCAAUUAUUUAUGGAAGUUUGGGACGAAAGAAUUAUGACAGAAAUUGUAAGGGAGACAAAUCGAUAUGCAUGGCAAAUUAUCAGUUCUAUGACUAUGUCUGAACACGGUCUUCCAAAAAAUCUGAACUGGACCGACACCACAGUUUCAGAAAUGUACAGGUAUUUUGCUUUACUUAUUCUAAUGUCUCUGUGUCACAGGGCAAAAAUGGUAGAUUAUUGGACGACAGGGAUCCUCGAAAUGCCUAAAUUGCGAAAAGUCAUGUCGAAACAUCGAUUUUUCGCAAUAACGCGAUUCUUGCAUUUCGUGGAUAAUGAAAGGAAUGAUCCCAGCUUGUCAUCAUAUGAGAAAAAAAAAUUAAAAAUUUCUUCCAUUAUUAAACAUUGCAAUAAGAAAUUUAGGGAAAUCUAUACUCCUAGUAAGCACCUUAGACUGGAUGAAUCGCUGCUACUCUGGAAGGGUCGGCUUAGCUGGGCACAGUGUAUCCGGACUAAGGCAGCCCGGUUCGGGAUUAAAUCCUUCGAACUUUGUGAGGCAACAUCUGGAUACCAGCUAAAGUGCUUACUUUACGCAGGUAAAAGUUCUUCAAUGUUAACAGAAUCCACCCAUGGGUUCACGAACUGCACCGCCAAGGUCGUUCUAGAACUCAUGGAUGGAUACUUAGACGUCGGACACACACUAGUCGUGGAUAAUUGGUAUAACCGAUUAUCCUUGACCAGGUUUUUAAAAAGGAGGCACACGGAUGUCAUCGGAACUAUGAAUCGUCGCCUGAUGAAUGUUCCCGAUGACAUCAAAAACCUUAACGAAAAGCGCAUGCUGCGAGGCCAACAGGUGGCUCGGCAUUGCGGUGAUAUUAGUUUGAUCGCCUGGAAAGACGUCAAACUAGUCACCGUGAUGUCGACCUACCACAAUGAUCUACAGUCUCCGUCGCCUACUAAGCAAGUGGACAAAAAAAGCAUUUUAAAACCCAAUACCAUACUUGAAUAUAACAAAUAUAUGGGCGGGGCGGACUCCAAGGACCAGAAGCUGUCCAUGUACCUCUUGGAGAGGAAGAGGGGACAGAAAUGGUAUAUGAAAGUGUUCAAAAGGCUGUUAAAUACCAGCCUUUUGAACACUUUCAUAAUAUACACCAAAAAUCCUAUGCCCAGACCACUUACACACAGGGAAUUUCGUGUGGAAGUGGCCCUCGGUCUUUUGGAACAUUUCUCUAGUAAGGAGACCCCAGUCAACCCUUUAACUCCAGCAUCUCCAGAUUUGGACAAAAACGUAAGACGGCUUCAGGUGGCGGACCAUUUUCCUGCCCACACAGGCAAAAUGCCCGGUAAGAAUAAACAUAAACAGCUCAGAUGUGUGCGAUGCACUGCUGCAGGCCGGCGCACAAUGGUAACAGUGAAAUGCACAUUCUGCAAUGUACCAUUAUGCUUCGGCUCUUGCUGGGCUGAAUACCAUCAAUUAAAAAAAUUGUAACCCAUGAGCCUAGAUUAAUAAAGUCCCGUCUAAAACAGAAGAUUUUAUUUUUUCAGUUGGGAUUGUUGGCAUGAAAGAUAAUUUUGACCGAGUUGCGUAUGAAUGAUAUAAUUGUAUGCUUAUGAAUGAUAUCACCUCAGGCAUACCGCGAUCCGCGACAGUGGUACCUACUCUCGCGACCCCAAACGUGUCGACGGCCUAUUUUGAAUUUCUGUAGUUUGUUAGCAGUUGAUGCGCCAGUAUUGUAAAAUUUGGUAUUAGGGAAGUGUAAUCUCUCGAUAUAGUGUUUAAUCUCAUUUCUGCACUUCUCUGUUUUUAAGUUUAUAAAGAAAAAGAAAACAUGUGAUUUUGUAGAAUAAUAAUUUUCACCCUUAUUUACAUUUGAUGUAAAAUUUAAAUUUUUGAUAAAUUUCCAAAAAGUUGUAAUUAAUUGCAGUGGUUGUUGAUACCA